CGUAAUUAAAAUGUCGCAAAAUAAUUCCAAAGAAUCAUUAAUAAGCUAUCUAGAAAAUAGUACUGCAAAAGUCAAUGACGGCCAUAACAGUAGCUCAAGUGAAACAGAGACACAAAGGAUUAAUCACAGCUUACGACGCAAAACCCGCCAACGACAAUUUACUCAAAGCUUUUCAUUUAAUCCAUUGCCUUUGCGGAUAGUUGGCGACGGUGAAACGCAACCAGUUUCAAACAAUCAAAUAUCGAUGCGAGAUAUGACUUUAAACGCACCGCAAAUCAUUGACGAUAGUUCCGAUAUAGACGUGGAUGCCGAAUAUCAUAUAUCAAAUGAAAGCAGCAGUGAUAACACAGCAAAAAGAUCAAUCGUAUUUCCUGGUCGCUCGUUGGAAAAAUCUGAUUUUCACGUGAAGAGGACGAUACGCAGACAUCCACGGACUACCAACAACUGUGUUUUGGCUUCAUUUUUAAACAGUAGAAAAUUGGUAGUUAAGUGCCACAAAACAGGCCAAUUAAACGAAUUUGUUUAGCUAUAAAAAAAAAAAACGAACGAACGAAUAUUUCGAGCCCAGUUUA